CUUCUAACCAAGCCCAAGCUCCUGCUUAUAACCCUUCUAACCAAGCCCAAGCUCCUGCUUAUAACCCUUCUAACCAAGCCCAAGCUCCUGCUUAUAACCCUUCUAACCAAGCCCAAGCUCCUGCUUCUACCCCAGCUCAAGAUCCUGCUUCUACCCCAGCUCAAGCUUCUGCCUCUAACUCUUCUAACCUCUCUAACCUCUCUAACUGGUAA